AUGGUCGUUAACCCACCACCUACCUGUUGCAAGAAGACUGGCGGAGACUGUACCUGCGCUCAGCAAGCAAAAUGCUCUUGUGGCCAGAAAGAAGCUCUGAAUUGCACAUGCGAGCGUGCACCGCAGGAGAACAAAGUUGAGGGCGCUCGGUGUUCCUGCUGUAGUGCCCCUGCCUCCAACCUCUUUGGAAGUUACACUUUACUCACUGAUAUUUCUCUUGGACACAGUAAGACGGCCAGCAAAACAGUGCACAUGCGAGAGGGCUGCCGAGGAGAACACUGUCACGGGAGAUAGUUGUGAAUGUGGUUUAAGGAGGGCAGACGCCUGUGAGUAUUUAUCCACAGGUUACGUCGAGGUGCGAAGACUGAUCGAUUAUUCUAGGCACAUGCGAGAAGAAUCUGAACGUGGGCUUGAGAGAGGGAGAGGUGGACUUCACAGGAAGGGUGUAGCCGGACAUUAA